UCUAGGUGAAGAGAAGGAUGUCUGUCGGUUGGGAAGUCCUGGAGUGGUGAUGGGCUAGGUGUGGGAGAGGGCCUUGGAGAAAACAAUACUAGAACACUGGAAGGAAGUCCUAGAGACGACCUGUUGUCCUGGCUGAAGCUUCUAGAAUCCAAAACAUUAAUGAAGGUGUGGCCCGAAGCCAGCCCCGCCUCGUCCUCUCCGGGCGGAAGUUUCGGGGCAGUUACCGGAAGUCUUCGUGAGGUGGGGCGGGGCCUUUGCGGCAGCACGGUGGGAUCAGUAUGGCUACCGAGGGGGAUGUGGAGCUGGAGUUGGAGACUGAAACCAGCGGCCCAGAGCGGCCUCCGGAGAAGCCACGGAAGCAUGACAGCGGUGCGGCGGACUUGGAGCGAGUCACCGACUACGCGGAGGAGAAGGAGAUCCAGAGUUCCAAUCUGGAGACGGCGAUGUCCGUGAUUGGAGACAGAAGAUCCCGGGAGCAGAAAGCCAAACAGGAGCGGGAGAAGGAACUGGCCAAAGUCACCAUUAAGAAGGAAGAUCUGGAGCUGAUAAUGACAGAGAUGGAGAUCUCACGAGCAGCAGCAGAACGGAGCUUGAGGGAACACAUGGGCAAUGUGGUAGAGGCUCUUAUUGCCUUAACCAACUGAUCUUUGCUUUCUCAGACCCACUCACUGGAUUAUUUUAUUUCAAUAAAGACUUAUUCUUAUUUUGCAAUU